AUGCCGGGGAAGCUCGAGCUCGGCACGUUCACGCCUACCACCGAGGCGCAACUCUGGAAGCCGAACGCUGCGGGAGCCGUGUCGGGAACAGGGCAGGAUGACAAGGUUUCGCUUGCCAUCUUGCAGCACCUCUUGCACGAUCACCUCGGUCAACACUCUUCAGCGCCCUUCUCGCUCCAUGCAGCUCAGCAUCUUGCACCGACCACCCCAUCAUCCCCGCAUCGCGCCAGCGAGGCGCUUCUAUCCAGCUCCAAAGACAGCGCUUCGCCCCUUUCCUCAUGGUCGAGCAGCAAAAAGCGCAAGAGCAGCGACACAAGUAGCGGUGGAGCCUACUGCAGCGAAACCGAGAAACUGUUCUGUCGAUGGCAAGGAUGUUCCGCCCAGUUCGACUCACACUCCGCUCUGACGGACCACAUCGAAACGGCGCACGUAGGAUCUGGGAAAGCGGAAUACGAAUGUCGCUGGAUCGGCUGCCCUCGUCAUGCGUCCGGGCAGAAGUUCUCGCAAAAGCAAAAAGUUCUUCGACACAUCCAAACCCACACGGGAGAUCGACCUUUCAAAUGCACCCAGUGCGGUAAACGCUUCAGCGAGCAAAACACCUUGGCGCAGCACAUCCGAACGCACACCUUGGAACGACCGUACGUGUGCGACCACCCAGGAUGUGGGAAAGCGUUCAGCGUAGCUGGAUCUUUGACGAUCCACAAGAGGAUCCACACGGGGAGCAAGCCGUUCGUCUGCACGUUCCCAGGGUGCGGCAAGGCGUUUGCGGAGAGCAGCAAUCUGACGAAGCAUGUGAGGACGCAUACGGGGGAUAGACCGUUCAGACACCAUCCUUCUCUCUCUCCUCUUCCACACUCGCCCAUUGACCACCCAUAUACGAUUCCGACCGGCUCGAAUUGCAUUCGAAGAUCCACCAUGUUCAGGUCCGCACCGCUGCUACGCAGCACGCUCGCACGAGCAUCGGCCGGGCGACCGAUCCCCCGUGCGUUCAGCACCACCUCCUCCCGGCACCUACCAUCCGACGACCCCGGUGGAAAACCCAACACCGGUCAACACCGUACCGUCUACGACGACUUUUUCAACAUCCUCGAAUCCCCCGCUGCUUCCUCCACCUCUCCACUCAACGCCGGCUCCACCGUGGUCAUCUCCUCCACCUCACCUACCUCUCUAACGUUAUCGGAUGGGUUGGUGCUGAGCGAACCGGUGGUGGUCCUGAACAACUCUGUCUUUCUAUUCGAUUCACCGCCCCUCUCGGCUGAUCGAGCAACACCUUCCGGUUUGGGCUGGGAAUCAUGGCUAGGAGUAACCACGAUCAAGCCGGGGAAGAUGGAAGUGACGCAAAAAGUCAAGGAUGUAUUCAAGCUCUUCGAGCUGGUCGAUGACAGACCCGAGAUCCUUCUCUUCGGAACCGGAUCGCGCGUCCUUCCUCCACCCCAACCGAUCCGACAACACAUCAACGAUCUCGGAAUUCAGUUGGAUGUGAUGAGCACGCACGACGCCGCAAGCACGUUCAAUAUGCUCAGCGAAGAGGGCAGGAAGGUCGCUGCGAUCCUGUUGCCAGAGGUGGAGGAAGGGAAGAGGAGGAGGUACUCCCCGGAACAGCUGCAGCGGUUGUUGGAGGGGAAAUAG